AUGAAGAAACCACUUCUCUUCAUUCUCUUCCUCUCCCUCUCCCUCUCCCUCUCCACCACCAUCACAACCUCACCACCUUCAACUUCAACACCAUCAAAAUCCACUCUUGACCCUAAACAAAUCACAGCCCUACAAUCCCUCAACAUCCCAACCUCAAAAGACCCAUGUUCCCAACCUUCCUUCCACAAUGCAACCCUCUGUGACUCCUCAAAACCCUUCCGCCACCUCAUCUCCCUAACCCUCUCCAACUGUUCCUCCUACGUCUCUCUCUCAUUCACAGCCCUCAAAUCACUCUCCACCCUCACCUCACUCAACCUCAUCGACUGCCCAAUCUCACCUAUCCACUUCCCUCCUCAACUCAUCUCAUCUCUCAAAACCUUCACCUGCAUCAACAGCCUCCGCAGAGUCUCCGGAGUCUGGCUCUCUCAGCUUCAGAAUCUCACCGAUCUCACUGUCUCAAAUGUCCAAGUCAAAGCUUCUGGUCCUUACGUCAUUCUUGGACACAUGAACUACCUCAAAACAUUGACACUUUCUCAUGCUAAUCUCACUGGUUUCUUACCUGCUCACAUUCAUUCCAAUCUCACCCAUGUUGAUUUUUCAGAUUCAAUCUCUGCUCUUCCUGCUUUGCUUCAUUUGGAUCUGAGUUCAAACCAGCUAAACGGGUCUAUCCCAAUGUUCAUUUCUCAAAUGAAGAGUAUCAAGUACUUGAAUCUAGCUAACAACAACCUCCAUGGUGUUGUUCCCUUUAACCUCACUUUCAUAAAGGGGUUAGAGGUGUUCAAACUUGGUGGGAAUAGCAAUUUGUGUUACAAUCAUUCACUUUUGUCUUCAAAGUUGAAACUUGGAGUUUCUCCUUGUGAUAAAUAUGGGAAGCCGGUGUCUCCGCCGCCUUCAAAGGAUUCUUCUGCAGAUGAUAGCAGUGAUGAUGAUUAUGAUGACAGUGAUGAUGAUGGUAGUAGCAAGCACAAGAAGGAUAAUCAUCAUGGGCCAAACAAGUUUGUUCUUGGUGUGGCUAUUGCACUUUCUUCCAUUGUUUUUCUUAUUGUUUUCUUAAUUGUUUGCUCAAAAUGUUGUCGUUGA